CCUGCCUGGACCAGUUUACCUGUGGUCCAGCUGAUCUUACCCGUCGGACAGACAAUCGUAAUAUGACCAUUUGUGAGAAAUCGGGUCGGGUUACCGGUCAAUUCGGUCAAUCCGGUCGCCUAUGCCCCCUCCCCCCUGACGCGGGGGCUGGGGUAGCCGUUGCACAAAACCAUCAUUCCCCUUGGAGCCAUGGAACUUGUUGCAGCUCGGUGCUGCAUUUCGCUUCCUUCCUUCACCGAGAACUCCUGCUCUCCUAAUCCUCUUCAGAGCAUUCCACACUGUCGCUGUAGCCGCUUGUGCACACUACCUUUCAUCGCUUGCUAUUCGCACACUCAUCUUGUCGGUGGAGUUUCUUUGAUUCUGUCAUUGAUGAUUGUGCUCUUUUUUGUCUCGGUGGGUGGGUUGUCAGCGGGGUGGGAAGCUGAGUGAACGGAGCCUUUUUCUGGCUUUCUUUUGGGAAUCGGUGUAAGAAUUCUGUGGCGAGAGCUUCGAGAAUGAGUUGUUAAUUGGGAGGGUUGGGUUUUCGUUGUCUGUUCUGAAUGGCUAGUUUCGAUUGCGUGGUUUGAGUGAGUUAAUGGGGUAAUGAGAGACUUGGGUGAUGAUUGCAGGCGAGUUGAGGUUAUGGGAAUUUCGUUGGUGGUUUUGGUGGUGAGGUUUGGAUGAUCGGAGGUGGUGUGAAUGAAGCUCAUGUUGGUUGGGAGUGGUGAGCACUUUGUAAGUUUUUUGGGGUUUUCAGUGGAUGGUGGGUGUCGCUGAAAAAGUGUACAGCAUCUGGAAAGGCUCGAAAGUUCAAAAGAGAACCUCUCUGUUUGGGCAGUCGUCUUUGAUUUGACACGGAAGUUGCAGCACUGGAUUUCUCUAGGAGAAGAGGCAGUGCUUAGCAUCCCUCCAGCCUCGCUUGGUUGGGUCAAUUCGUCGAGGAGUGGUAUCGAGUGGAUGUGGCAGUGCGCACUUCCUGUAAAUCUAGCUUACCACGUGUGAAUUGUGAAAGUGUCGUGCUAUCAUGGUUCAAUACUUUGCCUUAAAGCGUACAACCGCUGUCACAUGGUUGUAUAGGUAGGUAGAGGUGAGAAUGAGAUGGAAUGCCUGAGGAAAGGGCUUGAAAUUUUUUGACACAUGUUGUACAUUAUUACAUUGAAGGCACCUGAAAUUGGUGAAAUUGGGAUGACUUUCAUUUUCCGCUGUACAAUCCCCGUUGAGGUAUGCAUUUACACGAAAAGAGUUGGAUGUGCUGAAGUGCACACCAAGCAUUUGUAGAUGACAUUGGCGCGGAUGUGAUUUCGCAUCAAGAAUCAGUCGUAACCUAGUCAGUUGUAGUCUACAGGGGACGAUUGAAACGAAACAGAAGCCAUAGAAUGGAUCACCCAAUGGACGGAUCAGGAGACAGUGAGAAUGGGUUUCAGAGUAGGAUUGCACGGUCUCUGAACCUACCCUUUGGCAUGUCGCGAGAUGCAUUGCAUCUCGAUACAAUUGCCAGGCGAUCAUGGCAGGGGUUGGAGUCCCCGAUGGACAUGGCAGGCACAGUCAAUAUCCCAUCACCCGCGAGGACUUCAUACAGCGAUAGGUUUAUUCCAAGCCGAUCGAGCUCCAACUUGACAGGAUUUGCUCUAUUGGAUCGGUCUCCUUCUGGGGCCAACAUCGCGCAAUCGAAUGAUUACAGAGAGGAUGGUUUUGCAGCCUAUUCAAUGCUGUUGCGGUCAGAGCUUCUUGGGCAAGAAACUAGUUUACCAGCUACGCCGGAGAAACCCAUGGGGAUUGGCAGCAGAGAUCAGAUGCGGUCGCCGAUCAGCCCGACCAGUCGGAAUCUUUUCAGAUUCAAGAGUGACGUCAAAGGCAAUUUGGGGCUAAAUGGUCGGUCAGAGAGUCCUUACUCCCAUUCUUCGGUGGGAAUCAAUAGUAUGCUGGACAGGGCAACCGUGUCCCCUCGGAAAGCACCGAGGAGAAUUGCGCGGUCGCCCUACAAGGUGUUGGAUGCACCGGCGUUGCAAGACGAUUUCUACCUUAAUUUGGUGGAUUGGUCAUCGCACAAUGUGCUUGCGGUCGGAUUAGGCACUUGUGUGUAUCUAUGGAGUGCGUGCACUAGCAAGGUGACGAAGCUCUGCGAUUUAGGGCCUACGGAUAGCGUUUGUAGUGUAGCGUGGACCCAAAGAGGCUCAUACCUCGCCGUUGGAACCAAUCUGGGACAAUUGCAGCUAUGGGAUGUCACUAGGUACAGAAUGGUGCGGGCAAUGAGCGGGCAUCGGACGCGAGUUGGUGCGCUAGCAUGGAGUUCAUGUAUUUUGUCAUCUGGUAGCAGAGAUCGAAACAUCCUUCAGCGAGAUGUUAGAGUGCCAGAGGAUUUUGUAAGUAAACUUGAAGGGCACAAGUCUGAAGUUUGUGGACUGAAAUGGUCUUGUGACGAUCGCGAGCUUGCGUCUGGAGGAAAUGACAACCAGCUACUUGUGUGGAAUCAGCAAUCCACCCAACCGGUAGUGAAAUUCAGCGAUCAUACCGCUGCUGUGAAGGCCAUUGCUUGGUCACCUCAUCAACAUAAUUUAUUAGCAUCUGGGGGCGGCACUGCCGACCGGUGCAUACGAUUUUGGAACACUGCUACGAGCACUCCUUUGAAACAUUACGACACCGGGAGUCAAGUGUGCAAUUUAGCGUGGUCGAAGAAUGUAAAUGAGAUUGUGAGUACACACGGGUAUUCUGAGAAUCAGAUCAUUGUCUGGAGACAUCCAACAAUGACUAAGCUUGCUACAUUGACAGGACAUACAACGAGGGUUUUGUACCUUGCCACUUCUCCAGAUGGCCAAACGAUCGUGACAGGGGCUGGCGAUGAGACGUUACGGUUUUGGAAUGUGUUCCCGUCUUCGAAGUCUCAAAAUGCUGUCCCUGAUGCGGGCGUCUGGAGUCUUGGACGAACACACAUUCGGUAACUCUAAUGAGGAUGGUGCUGCCUACAGCUCCUAAUGCUCAUUUAGCCCUGGUGCUACAAUGUUGAUGUAUUAUGAAAGCGGUAAAUUACACUUAGGUUACCAAUUUAGGUUUAGGUCUUCCUGGUUGCAAGUUCACAAUCCUUGGUGGCUGCAGGAUCAUUACUUUUAGCACAUGAUCACAACCUGAUGCAUGGCUGCGUUCUGUAUUAUUAGGCCUCCAAUCUGCAGCUAUGCGACCUUAAUAGAUAGUGUAGCUGGAGACUCCUACUCUAUGAUUUUCCUUUUAUUACACUCGCCUCAAUCAAUUUAAAGAAAUGCUCGCUGCGACACUAUCCAUGGGACGUCGGUGUACAUGAUUGUUCAAAUGACAAAUUUUUACGUCUUAUUCUAGUU